UGGGCCCUGAAACUUUACUCAGCACUUAGAAACCAUCCCACAGCUUUGCUCCUUCACCCUCCCACUUGGGACUAAUGUGCAGGCAUGAACACCUAUUGAGGAAAACCACACAGGACUUUACCAGUGACUACGGGGGAAAAGAGUUCCGUUCCACGGCCAUCAGGUCACUAGUUUACUAACUUCCAGUCACCUUGAGUUUGUGGAAAUGAAGACUGUGCAUUCUACACUUCUCCUGCUACUGUUCGUGCCUCUGACACAGCCAGCACCACAAACCCUGCUGCUGGACUCACACAUUAAUUAUGAGUAUGGAACAGAUAAUUUUGAAGAAAGCAAAUUUAGCCAGGACUAUGAAGAUAAAUACCUGCAUGGAAAAAAUAUGAAGGAAAAGGAAACUAUGAUAAUUCCUGAUGAGAAAAGUCUUCAGUUACAAAAAGAUGAGGUUGUACCAUCAUUACCCACCAAGAAAGAAAAUGAUGAAAUGCCCACAUGCCUGCUGUGUGUCUGUUUAAGUGGCUCUGUCUACUGUGAAGAAGUUGACAUCGAUGCUGUACCACCAUUGCCAAAGGAAUCAGCUUAUCUUUAUGCACGAUUCAACAAAAUUAAAAAGCUGACCGCCAAAGAUUUUGCAGAUAUGCCUAACUUAAGAAGACUUGAUUUUACGGGAAAUUUGAUAGAAGACAUAGAAGAUGGUACUUUUUCAAAACUGUCUCUGUUAGAAGAGCUUACACUUGCUGAAAACCAACUACUAAGGCUUCCAGUGCUUCCUCCAAAGCUUACUUUACUUAAUGCUAAACAUAACAAAAUCAAGACCAUUAAAGCAAACACAUUCAAAAAACUGAAUAAGCUCUCUUUCCUCUAUUUGGACCAUAAUGAUCUGGAAUCUGUGCCUCCUAAUUUACCAGAAAGUCUACGUGUAAUUCACCUCCAGUUUAACAGCAUAUCUUCAAUUACAGAUGAUACAUUCUGCAAAGCUAAUGACACUCGUUACAUUCGGGACCGUGUUGAGGAGAUUCGCCUGGAGGGCAAUCCAAUUGCUCUGGGGAAGCAUCCAAACAGUUUUAUUUGCUUAAAAAGAUUACCUAUAGGAUCAUACUUUUAAACACCAUCAGUGCAAUUUAUAUUCUAAAGUAUGUGUGCUUACUGUCUAAAGGAACAUAAACAGUUUAAUACUAUCAUUUUAUCUCACUAUGAUAGAAUUUUGUUUAAACAAAGAUGUCCAAAAUUCUUAUAUGUUACUACAAAAUAAUCCAGAUCGAAUCUAUUAGUUCAAAACAAAAUGAUGUGAAUGAAACUAAACAGCACUAAAAACUCUUUGAAGUUUACACUAGACUGCCAUCUAAAUAGCAUGCUUUUAUACAAACACUUACAUGAGAUUCACCAUUCCCGUGACUAAUGAAGUAAAAGAAUUCCAAGAAACUUUCAACUGUUUGUCUUUCUUAACAUUUACUGUAUCUCAAAAGCAUGUAAGACAGAUGUUCCAAAAAACUGUGGAAAGCCAAAAGUGUCCAAGUGACCUCCCAAUGACUCUAUGAUUCAUCUACACUCUCCACAAAGUAGAGGCUUGCUUUCUGUUAAGGCAGCUAUUCUACUGUAUUUCCCACUUAGCCUAAGAAAAAGGGUAGCCACAUCUAGGCAAAAUUCUCCAGAUAAAGUAAAAUUUUACUCUUUUGUAUAGAACCAAUUUAGAAAAGUUCAGUUUUCUACUUUGUGGUCACAUAGCCUUUAGAAAAUUACUUAAAAAAAAAAAACUUUGUAAGAAAAAAAAAAUCAAAAUUCUACCCACUUCUCAAAUAAUAUACAAUUCUUUCACUCUAAAGAGUCUCAAAUAUGAA